UCGACUCUCAAAUUCAUGACUGCGCAUUUCUGCUCGGAGACGCUCCGGUCCCGGUCAGGAGAGGAGAAGAACCAGCCGGCGGAGGGACUCAUGGGGAGUGUUUUUUGAAGGACGGUGAACCAGAUGUCUUUUCCCAACCGUCCGGGCCGCCUGUGUUCGUGCUUUAGCGGAGCUGGACGCGCCGACCUGAACGACAACAGCAUCGCCGUACCGUUGCUAACGUUACCCAGCGGCGGCCAACAUGGCUGAGGAUGACAGCGAAUGGGUGGUGGAGAGCAUCGUGGGCUACCUGGGAAGUCCCGAGUGGGUCAUUCCUGUCACGGACUUUAUGGAAAACAAAUGCACAGUUUUCGAUGAUGAAGAUGAAAACAAGUUGUCCUACACAGAGAUCCAUCAGCAGUACAAGCGGCUGGUGGAGAAGCUGCUGGAGACUUACAUGCAGGAGGUUGGCAUCAACGAGCAGCAGUUUCUGGAUGCGUGCACCUCUCCUUUUGCCAGAUCCAAAACUUUGCAGUCGGUGUUCCAGCCAGUCCUGGCUACAGAUGACUUCCAGAUGUUUCGCUCACUGAUGGUCCAGAAGAACAUGGAGCUGCAGCUUCAAGCUCUCAGAGUCAUUAAAGAAAGGAACGGCGCUCUCCCAGAGUGUCUGACUGAUGGUGCCGACGUGAUGUCAGAGUUGCAGCAGGAAGAGAUGAAAAUCCUGCAGGAGGUUCUCAAAAAGUCCAAAGAGGAGUAUGAUGAGGAAAUGUCCAGGCGGAUGCUAUUAGAGGAAGAGGUUGGCUCCACCUCCAGCAGCUGCUCUGAUAAGCCAGUGGCUGAGAGUGAUGAAGCCCAGAAUACCACCUCUGCUCCCAGCCAACAGAGCCACGCUGCCAAGGUCAACAGCAGCCCUGUUAGAAAAGAAGGGAGCAAGACGGCUGCUUCAGGAGGUGGAGGGGAGAAAAAUGCAGCUAAGAGCAGCUCUUCUUCUAAACCCGCAACAGAUUGUGGCAGUAACGGUGUGGAGUCCAGAGUCCUUCCAGCAGUGAGAGCUCCAGUGAAGCCCAGUGAGCCCUGCAUCAGCAACAGUCCUCAUACCAAGGAGCAGAGCGGCGGCAGCCAGACGACAGCCGAGACGUGGCUGGAGGAGGCUCACAGGGAGGCCGGCUUCUCUAAGCCAUAUACUGUGAGUCC